AUGGGUCUCAAGGGGGCAUGGUGUUUCCCAUGGUGUGUGUGCCGGAGACAGCGAGGGACUGAAAGAGGAGCAGGUCUGGAUCCAGUUGCCCCUCCAGAUCCAGAUCCCAGCCCAGUGACCACCCCCAUCAUGGCUGAGGGAGGGAUGCCCUCCCUAGGGUCUAGUGCCUACUUCAGCAGGAAAGCCCGACUCUCCUUCCGCCACCAGCUGCACGACAGAGCAUCAGCCAAUGACUCUACCAUUUGA